GGGCUCUUUUCCCCGCGUUUAUGUUGUUUCAGAGCGUGUUCUUUGUGUAUAUCCUUCAAUACGUUACAUCGCAGGGUUUAAAAAAGUGAGGCAUUUAUUUGUGCCAAUAAAACCACAUUAAAAUGCCUAAGCCCAAAGCAGUAAAUAACGACGUACCAAAAACAGCUGAGGCUAAAAAGAGAAGAAGAAAACCCAAGAAAAAUGAGGAUGGCGUCUCCGAUGGGAAGAAAGUCAAGAUGGAGACAUAUCUUACCCCUGGGGAAGAAGUGGAAAAAAUCAGAUUGAAAGGCUCAACGGUUGCAGGUGAGCUACUGUUCUGUGGUGGUACCAAUUGGGAUCUGACGGGACGUAGUCAAGUCCCAAAGCAUGCCCGUGUACCUGGUAGUUCCCCUAUUGGUGGUCGAAACCUGUGGAGUCCUCACCGUCUAUCGGCCCUAUCAGGGGUUCGAGUGAAGGCAGUGUUUUCUGGCCCGGUAGCUUGCCACACUUUGCUAGUGACUGAAGAAGGCAAGGCCAUGAGCUGGGGCCGUAAUGACAAGGAGCAGCUUGGACACUGUGAUGCUAUCCGAAGGGACACCCCAACACUCAUCGAAACACUUAAGGAUUACACCUUAGUGGAGGCUGCAUGUGGCCGCAACCACACUCUUUGCCUGACCAAUGAAGGAGAAGUGUUUGCAUUUGGUGAGAAUAAAUUUGGCCAACUUGGGCUUGGAUUCCAAUGUGAGGGAAACAAAGAUGAGAAGACAUCGAUUGGCAAACCUCAAAAGAUUUUAUACGAUGGUCAACCAAUCACAAGAGUAGCAUGCGGCGGAGACUUCAGUAUGGUUGUUGACCUCAAAGGUCGUCUGUACUCAUUUGGUCACCCAGAAUACAGCCAAUUAGGUCAUGAUAAUGAUGGUCAGUAUUUUGUGACGUCCAAGAAAGUGACCUUUGACUGCCAGCUAGUUCCAAAGCGAAUCCAGUUGUACAUAGAGAGAACUCGCGAAGGCCAAGUCAAGCCAUUGACUGGGGUGCUCAUCAAAGAUGUUGUAUGUGGUGUCAACCAUACUGUUGCCUUGGACAUCCAGAAAAGAGUGUUCACAUGGGGUUUUGGUGGAUAUGGACGUCUUGGGCACCAGGGACCAAAAGAUGAAGCAGUUCCACGCAUACUCAAGCCCUUUGAUAUGCCCAAUAGAGGGGUCAAGUCCAUCCAUGGUGGGUCAGCAUACUCCAUGGCUGUUACAGAGUUUGGUAUGCUUUUCUUCUGGGGUCAAGCCAAGACUACUGGUGAAGCAACUAUGUACCCUAAGCCUGUCCAAGAUCUUAACGGGUGGAACAUAAGAAGUGUCGGAUGCAGCAAUCGGUCUAUUGUAAUAGCAGCUGAUGAAAGCCUAAUUAGUUGGGGUCCAUCCCCAACAUAUGGUGAAUUAGGUUACGGUGAGAACGGGCCACGUUCAUCAACUUGCGCCAAGGAGGUGAAGACGGUAGAGGGCAUUUUCAUACACAGCGUUGCAUGUGGGUACGGACACACUGUGAUGUUGGCCAGAGACGAUGAGACAGAGGAGAAAGAGAAAAUACAAAAAUUACCGGUCUUCACACCGACACCAUAGGGCUCCAUGUUUAUUGCCAUGAUCACGUUUGGUGAAAUAUGGUGCAUCGCCCACAGGUGCACAGCUUAAGACGGGUAUUUCGGUGGAUCUAUCCACAACCAAAUGAUUAAACAGCAAUUCUCUGGUGCAUCUGGCAUUUUUUAUUUCCCGAUGCAUGGAAACUGCAGCUGUACUUACGACUUUGUGGAGUUCCACAUGCAACAUAUAAAAUGGCCGUAUCAGCCCCUUUAUUCGUAAAACUUAUGUGUCAUGAGGUAGGUCAUGGCAACUGUGUUUGAUUACUGUGUCACAGAGGAUGAUACUGCCCUUCAAAAAUGUUACUAUUUCCUAAAUAUUAUUUUCAAAAAGCUAUAUAUCAUUCAGAAGCAGCCCACCAUGCCAGUUCUAAUACAUACCAAAUUUUAUAAAUUUCUCUGUAGACCCAAGAAGAAUGUUUGCUUUAUAUCAGUUCCAGAUACUUUAUAUGUCAUUGUAAUCUAUAUUGUUGACAAUUAUUCUUUAAGGAUUUAAUUUGUAGUUCUCCGGGAAGUAAAUUUUGCUGCUAUGUAUCAACUAGGUUUCAUCAGUUUAAGCAGGCAUAAUCAAAGUCUUGGGUCUUGGGUACAAACCGUUGCUCACAUCAUGAAAUAACAAACACAAUCAAAGUAGGUUUUGUUAGUUUAUGAGUUAGCGCAAGUAUUGUUAUUCAAGCAAUUUUGUUUUCUUUACCAAACAAAAACUCUGUAACGACAACAGUGCGUAUUGGAACACGCUUUUUGUUACCACAAUCUACUUUUAGUGUGAUUCUGAUGUGAGCGAAUUUCUAUUGGGUUACGUAAUUGCCAUCAAGUACAGCCAUUUAUGUUGAUGUUCCAUUUCGAUGUAAAAUCUGUAAAUAUAAAUCAAAAUCAAUAGAGUGUAAAAUAACAAGAGUGCGCACUUUUGUAUAAAGCGUACAUAAUCAAACCAUGCCAACAUGACAGCACCUCGUCAUUAGCAAGUCGAGGAUGCUUUAGAUAACAUGACAUUUGCACUAUAAUGUUGGGGGCUGGUCUGUCUAAUGUUAAAAUUGUACAUUCAAAAACAUGCUUUUUAUAUUAUUAGAUUUCCAGAGCCCUGUCAGUUUGUUAAUAGCAAAUUUGCUGAUUUGGCUCGAUGCGCCCUAUAUCUUCUUUGUACAACUCUAGGGAAAAUUUAUACUCUCUGAUGCAUUUCUUAGCAUACAAUCAAGCCGCAUAUUGGUGGCCUAGUCAUGUGGAAAAGAAAUAUGUUUUGGUAAAUAUAACAGAAAAUCCAAUUGCCCCAGCACAAAAGAUAAUUUCUUGCCAUGUCUUGAAAGUUGGGAAUUUUCUCUUUGCAAAAACAGUGGUACAUUGAUUACCCAAGUUGACAAAUAUCAUUUUUUUUUUAUUCAUUAGAUCUUCCUUUGUGGCCAGGCAGCCCCCUUUAAAGAAACCUUUCUUUUAUUAUUUUCUUUGAGCGUUGCACAUAAAUGUAGUUUCUACGAUAGAGGCAAGUACUUUGGAUAGACUCAGCAAGUGAUUUUUGAUCACUAAGGCCAUAAUAUUCACACUCAUUCCACAGCCACAGUACAUGUACAGUUAAACUUGCCUAACUCGAAUAAUUUCUAAGUCGAACUUAUUUUACAUGCCAAAUUGUUGUGUUUUCCAUUAAUUGACAAUCUGUAAGUCGAAUAUUUACUAAGUCGAACAAUUUUUCAAUGGCAUUUUGGAAUCGACUUAGGCAAGUUCAACUGUAUUGGUAAAUAUUUACUGUAAAUAUAUCUUUGAUUAUUUUUUCAUAAAGUCUUAGUAGAUUUCUGUGAAAUCUGAUUUUUUUAAAUUUUUUUUUUAAAGGAAUCCACUUGAUAUGUUGUAUAGUAUUCCUGGAUCGAAUGUCUGUAAAAUAUUUACUUUAUUUCAAAGUUUUGUAUGGUGGAUUACUACGAAGAUGGGACUAAGUGUACAGUACAAGUAAUUCAUUGGUUGCAAUGAAAACUAUUGUAUGUAUGCACCACUGUUGAAACAUUUUUUAAUUACUCCGUCGUCAAUGAUUAUACAGUAAAGUCCACAUUCAUCAUGCUGUUUUUUUUUCUAUGAAUAUUUUUUAGUAAUAAUGUUAUGAAUUUAACUUCAUAGAAAAUGGAAAUGGGAAAACAUUUUUCUCAUACAAAAUUUGUCCCAUGAUUUUGCAAUCUAAUAUUUAAUAACUUAUUUUUAAGUUCAUGAAAUAUGGUAAGUUCAUGUGUAAAAAUACACAGGUGUUUGAAAUGUGUAUGUGUUCAAAAUGCCCAGGUGUGCAUCAUUUUCAUGUGCUUAAAAUGCACAGGUUUUUAAUGUUCUUGUGCUCAAAUUACCAAGGUGUGGGAAAUAAUUGUGUGUUCAAAAUGCCCAGCUGUUUGAAUGCUUAUUUGUCAGCUAAUUAAUUCAUUUUCCAUGAUCCUACAACAAAAUUCUUUCGUAGAUGCUGAAUUUUGCAAAUUAUCUCAAAAAAAUUCUGUAAGAUGAACUUAAAGCUGAAGUACAAAUCAAUUUAUCACUCAUUAUAAUAUUACUAUUUUAUUAUUAAUAUUCUCCCUUCUAUUUUCAGAGCUCUUACAAAUUAUUUCAAAUUUUGUCUUUGAUAACGGAAUUUUGCAAAUAAUGCAUAUAAAAAUUCUGUAGGAGAGCAUGAAUUUAAGAAAGCAUCGAAUGUCCUGGAAAAUAAUCUAUAAAGUAAUAUUAAUUAGUGGAACACCUACUAAUGUUAACAGGAUUUAGAAAACUGCACAUUUGAACAUUUUCCAAUUAAUUCAUGGCAUUAUGUACAGAGAGCUGUUUAUGGAUUUGCUGCUAGAAGCGCCAUGUUCUUUUGGAAUAAAGUGAUUUUUUUUAAAAACACCAUGCACCCUGAAUGGUGGGCACUACUGUAUUAUGUCACCAGCAUUAUGAUUGAUUGAUAAACACAUUGGUUGUCACCAACUGAUAUGUAAAUUAAUACAUCUUGUACAAGAUCACCAACAAAUUUGCAAUAUAUUAUUCCAAGUAGUUAUGCUGUGAAAUUAGCAAACUCAACAAAAAGCCAGUACAGUAUGUAGAUUGUGUGAGGAUAAAAUAGCAAUGAUUGAAUAAGUCAGUAUGUACAAAUGGUACGUGAUAUGCUAAUCAAAUUUUAUUCCAGUAAUUAGUCCUUGAAUAUCAGGCAAUGUAAACAAAAUCUAGUGAUUGGUCAGAUUGAUUAUGGAUGAACUGUAUACUUAAUAUUAAUGGAUCUUUUAGCCUUGAUCAAAGAUUAUAAAAUAGGAAGAGGUCCGACUGAAUCCUUUCUCGAUAAGUACUACCACGAUCUGGAGGGCGCUCUUCAGAAGAACUUAAAAGUUGUUCGUAUCGAACGCAUGCUGCGUCUAUGCCCGAAUUUUUAAAUCUAUUUGAAUUCUAAUAGGGCGCCACCUACCUUGCGGUAGUACUUUUUUGUCCGUUUCAUGCAAAAUUCUAUACUCUUCAGCUUGAUCUAUCAAAAGGUUCCCUAUGAUCAGGUAUUCAGGUGAAAAAGAAAUUUAUUUGGUUCCACAUUAGAGAAUACGUGGAUAUUUCUUGGUGAAUCAAAAAAGCAAAAAAAAAAAAAAAAAGGAAAGGUUGUGGUUCUAGCCUUUUCAGCUGCUUGUCUUUGGUGAAGCAUCCAAAGUUGUCUACCAGAUUUAUAAUUAGCAUGCUGUAACACUAACCUUAUUUACACUACGAUUAUAAAACGUUAUAAUUUGCUAUCAGAUUCGGUAUUAAAUUACGUUUUUACACCUAGUGACUGCAUUUGAUAGCAAAUAAAUAGGAAUCAAAUUAUGACUUUUUUUUUUCAAGUGGAAAUACGGUUGUUGACUAUUAAUCGGUAUGCGUACUUUUGCUGGCAAAUUGAGGAAGCUGCACACGUGAAAAUGUUAACAUUUUAAGUGCUUCUGUUGUAAAAAUACAAAACAUGGAUAGAAGAUCCUAACAUUAUUAUGUGAAUAUUAUUCUUGCAAUGUUUGAUCGUAACCAUUGAAUUAAGCCAAAUAAAGAUAAAAAAUCUGGCUGGUACUGCGAAUAUUGGUUAAAAAUUUGGUUCAAGAAUCUCUGUUCCUACAAAUGGAAGAGGUUUCGGAGUCUUGUGUUCAGAUAUUUGGUGCUUUUUUGGUAUUUGAUUAAAUUUGGUAGAAAUUGUAAAUUAUUAGAUUUUUUACUCUCUGAUCUUCUUUAUUACAAUUUAUUCUGAUCUUUUAUCCAAUACAUUAUUAUUGACAUUGCCAUGUUAGUACUACAUAUCAAUCUGUGAUUGGUUGAUAAUGUUCAGGGAAAUGUUGCUUUCCUUUUUUUAGUGUUUAAUACCAUAAAUGUUGUACAUAAGUUAGUUGAUUAGUUAAUUAUCGUUAAACAUUGUUAAUUACUGACCAGAACACUAUAGUUGUUCUGCUGCUAGUCAGUUUUAUUUUUCACUUUAUGAAAAAAAAAUUACCGUAUUUGAUUAUCUCUGUCAUUAUUUAACUUGUACCUUUAUAACAACUAUGCGUUGAUCUUAUACCAAGCAUGAUCUACACUUAAUACCUUGGCUUUCACCACAACUCAGCUUGCACUCAAUUUGCAUUCACUGUAGCUGUUGUCAUAACUUGGUGUACGCUCAUCUUGCACUUACCCUAACAUUUUUGCUAUCUGUAUCAUGAGUAUAUUUACCUUGCACUCACCCUAGUUGUUGCCACCAUGGGUUGCACUUGCCCUAGCUGUCCUAUUAAAGGGUACACUCAACUUCCGAUCACCCUAACUGUUGACAUCAUUGGGAACACUCAUUUUGUAAUCGCCUUAUCGUUACGUGGAACACCCAAUAGCGCCAAAAAUCUUUGCCAUCUAAGGGUGCACUCAAUUUGAAUCCAUACUUGAGUACUCGCUCAAGUUAACUGUUGCCAAAUUUAACACUUAAACCUAGAUGUUACCAUUAUUUCGUCAUUUUCCUUAUUAUGUUUAGCUGUACUCAUUCAGCCUUGCUUACUAAGUAGACAAAGUAAUUUACGUUCACCUCACACCACAAUACCUGGUGAUUGUAUCAUGUUGGAUAAAUAAGGAUUCACCAAGUACCAUUACAAACUUUCCCUAUGUGUAUAUAUACAUACAUUCACAUAAAUAUAUGUAUUAUUUUCUUUUUACUAUUUAAGUGACUACAAUAAAGUUGAAUGUUUUUUGUACUUCAAAAUGUUUUUCUUUAUUCUGUUUGGCUCUUAAAAUCUACAGUCAUAACAUAAUACUAAUCAGAAACAAUACAAUUAUUUUGUCAUCUUGUGUCUGUCAAAUGAAAAAGUGGCAGUGUAAGAAAUUAUAAUAGUAAUAUACACAUGCUUCUCCACAAUGUGGUACUGUUUUUUUGACAAGUAUACUGUAUUACAUUUCUCUUGCAGGUCUUGGCAAUAUUCUUCUCAUGGACAUAAAAAUAAACAGUAAAUCAUUUUAGGAGCCAUUAAGACUCAUAGGGGUCACCUCAGUUUUUGUAGCACGAAGCGUGCGAUACUUUCCUUGGAUGGGAGCCGGUCCAUCGCAAGUUACUCCCAGCGAUUUUGACAUAACUGAACACUAAAUCCAAACUCCGAUUUCUGUUAGUGACAGACGAUGCAACGCUGUCUGCUGAUUGCCGGUAGCAGUUUAAUGAGUCAUUAAAAAUGAUCCAUUGCGCGUGCGUCAUCGCGUUCUUCAUAGAAUCGCAGUGACUGCUGGUUUUUAAUGCAGUAGUGUACAAACUGUAAUGUCUAGUACUAUAUAUACUGUAUAUUAUUUUAAUUGAUUGAUUAUAAACCCAGAUUGAGGACCUAAAUAUAAUUUACAUGUCUUCUCAUCUGAAUAAAUAAGGGAAAUCUGCUGCCCUUAUAUUUGGAAUUUGGACAAAUAUAUUCAUUGGAAUGCGCAGUUAAAAUAUUAUAAAUACAGUACAUCUGUUCUUAACUCUACACUAUAUUGUCGAUGGAAUCAAAACUUUAACAACUGUAUUCCUUCACCAAAACCCAGCUAAUUGUAAAAACUAAAAUACUUCUGAGGGUAUUAUGCUAAGCACAUUUCCCUUUAAUUUACACUUAAAUUACAAAGACAGUACAGUACAUUAUCUCUUGUGCGUUAUUAUCAUUAGUAAUGAAUGGAAAGAAGAUGGCUGAGCAGUUAGGGCAGGGGCAUCGCAAUGUACAGCUAUAAUAUCUGCGCGCUAACCUACAAUUCUGAUGGUGGAACAAGUUGUCUCGAAUAAGGAAACUGUAGGCCCAGUGUACACAAUUGGCUUAUGUGCACUAUAAAUACAGCCCCUGUUGUUGGUACCAGUUUACCAGGUAGCUCAGACACGAAGAGGCCCUUUGGGGUACGAGCUAGUCCACACUAGCUUUGAGACUCUGGCGUAAAGCGCUAUAUAAAUCUAACUGCAUUACAUUACGUUUUGUAUGCAUUCUCGAAAAAGAAAAUUAUACUAUGCUAAUGAUGCCAUGUAUAAUAUUUGCCCAUUAAAAGAAUUUUCAAUUUAUUGUUUUUCAUAAUUAUAUAUAAUAACCAUAAUAAUUCAUUAAAUAACUUUUGCACUUUUCUGAAGAGUACUUACUAGAUAUUUAAAGUGCACAUGAGCUAUAUCCUGUAUUUCACUGGGAGACAAAUUUUUUAGCACGGUGGAUAUCACUUGUUUCAGCCUUUCUAACAAUGAUAGACAACUAAUUAUUUGUUUUAUCAUAGAUUCUAUUUUCACCUCUGUAUAAAGCACUGUAUAAAUUUAUUAUCAUAAUUUUUU